CUUUGCCAAAGCUGGUGGUCAUGUUCCCCAUCUUCCCAUUACAUAAACCCAAAGCAGCUUCCUCUUGCCUCCGACUCUCCCUCCUCCUCCAUCCUCUCUCUCCUUCUCCAUAGCCAUACCCACAGCCAUGAGCUUGAGGCCAAAGAGCGUUGCAAGAUCUUCCCUUCUCAGAACGCGAAGAGGAGUGCGAAGACUAACAUGCUUCCGAAGAACGUCAAAGGCCCGCCUUCUCCGCAGAGCUCGAAGCAGUUUCGUCAAUGGCGGACGUCGCCGCUCUUCGGCGGUUUCUGAGAAACUGGAGGCUCUCAAGAACCUCAUUCCCUCCCACCACCACGAUCGGCAAAUCACGAAGCCCGACCUCUUGUUCCAAGAAACCGCCGAUUACAUCGUUCUUCUCAGAACCCAGGUCGCCGUUUUGCAGAGUUUGAUUCACUUCUACGGAUCUAGUGAUCAGAAGGAAAACUGCGCUGUAUAGCUUUUUAGUUUAUCAAUUACUCCAUCAUCAAUGAAAAAGUUUCAACCAAAAAAAAGGCUAAAACGAUUUCCAUUAUGCACUCGCCCUUUGCAAUUUUGGAAUUCGAUUGGAACAUCACGAUCUUCUGCAGUACGUUUUAAACAUUUUCUUCAAUUUUCUUGGCUUCCAAACGCCUCUGUUUUUGUUUGUUAUCUUGGGGUAACUUUGAUUAUCUCUAGGUGGGAAUGACAUAAAUCCCCGUAAUUGCAUUUUGGGUUGAUGAUUUCUCUCGGCA